UUCUCUGGCACGGCUUAAUCACCAUCCUUUCUGGGUCCCACUUUUGCGCUUUCUCCCCUGACACCACUGAGGACCCGCCGUCCACUCCAGUUGGCUGCUCGGGCGCCGGCCACCGUCCCACAAAUCUUUACAGAGGGUCUAGAACACCUCCCAGGGAUUCUGACGAGGGACUCGCACCCAACGGGGGUUGGGAAUCCGGCGGGCACCCACUCUGACACCCCUUCGGUCACCCCUGCGGUGACCCCAACAUUUGCUAACUUCGCGACCAGGCCUUUGGCGGGGUCACCCACCAGGCGGUGGAAGCCGCUCAGGCAGGGGCGAUUCACGAUCGAGGUGCAGCAGUGAGGCCGGGAAGAUCCUGCGUGUUGCGCUAGGGACUGCGCGGGGCGCCAAGCGACAACCCCCCAACGGCCACUGCCCCGGCAGCAGCAGCUGCAGCAGCGGCAACUGCUCGAAUCCCGGCUCGGGUUACCCCCCCCCCCACCUCCCCCCCCAGCAUCUCGGGCCAGACAGAGAAAACCUUAUUCAAGUUUGCAGCAAGUACUUUCCCGGUUCGCAAAACUGGGCGACUGGGAACGCGUUGAGACGUUCCUCUUUCCCGCGUCUCCACCUUUACCCCUGAAAGAAGACUCCCAAAGAUCGCUUUCCUCUGGGACGCUGCUUGGACGCUAACCGCGUUGAUUGGAACAGAUUUUGUGUCUUGGCUGGCUUUGGGUGAAGCCAAGGGGAGAAAAGGUUGCGCUGCGAUUCUCAAGAUCUCUGGACCUGGGUUGUUCUUCAGAAAAAAAUGAUUAUUUCUUUGAACUCAUGCCUGAGCUUUGUUUGUUUAUUGUUAUGCCACUGGAUUGGGACAGCAUCACCUCUGAAUCUCGAAGACCCUAAUGUGUGUAGCCACUGGGAAAGCUACUCAGUGACUGUGCAAGAGUCAUAUCCACAUCCCUUUGAUCAAAUUUACUACACGAGCUGCACUGACAUUCUAAACUGGUUUAAAUGCACGCGGCACAGAGUCAGCUAUCGGACAGCCUAUCGACAUGGGGAGAAGACUAUGUAUAGGCGCAAGUCUCAGUGUUGUCCUGGAUUUUAUGAAAGUGGGGAAAUGUGUGUCCCCCACUGUGCUGAUAAAUGUGUCCAUGGUCGCUGUAUUGCUCCAAACACCUGUCAGUGUGAGCCUGGCUGGGGAGGGACCAACUGCUCCAGUGCCUGCGAUGGUGAUCACUGGGGUCCCCACUGCACCAGCCGGUGCCAGUGCAAAAAUGGGGCUCUGUGCAACCCCAUCACCGGGGCUUGCCACUGUGCUGCGGGCUUCCGGGGCUGGCGCUGCGAGGACCGCUGUGAGCAGGGCACCUAUGGUAACGACUGUCAUCAGAGAUGCCAGUGCCAGAAUGGAGCCACCUGCGACCACGUCACGGGAGAAUGCCGUUGCCCACCAGGAUACACCGGAGCCUUCUGUGAGGAUCUUUGUCCUCCUGGUAAACAUGGUCCACAGUGUGAGCAGAGAUGCCCUUGUCAAAAUGGAGGAGUGUGUCAUCAUGUCACUGGAGAGUGCUCUUGCCCUUCUGGCUGGAUGGGCACAGUGUGUGGUCAGCCUUGCCCCGAGGGUCGCUUUGGAAAGAACUGUUCCCAAGAAUGCCAGUGCCAUAAUGGAGGGACGUGUGAUGCUGCCACAGGCCAAUGUCAUUGCAGUCCAGGAUACACAGGGGAACGGUGCCAGGAUGAGUGUCCUGUUGGGACCUAUGGCGUUCUCUGUGCUGAGACCUGCCAGUGUGUCAAUGGAGGGAAGUGUUACCACGUGAGCGGCGCAUGCCUCUGCGAAGCAGGCUUUGCUGGCGAGCGCUGCGAAGCGCGCCUGUGUCCUGAGGGGCUCUACGGCAUCAAAUGUGACAAACGGUGUCCCUGCCACUUGGACAACACUCAUAGCUGUCACCCCAUGUCUGGAGAGUGUGCCUGCAAGCCGGGCUGGUCAGGACUCUACUGUAAUGAGACAUGUUCUCCUGGAUUCUACGGGAAAGCUUGCCAGCAGAUCUGCAGCUGCCAAAAUGGGGCAGACUGUGACAGUGUGACUGGAAAGUGCACCUGUGCCCCAGGAUUCAAAGGAAUUGACUGCUCUACCCCAUGCCCUCUGGGAACCUAUGGGAUAAACUGUUCCUCUCGCUGUGGCUGUAAAAAUGAUGCAGUCUGCUCUCCUGUGGAUGGGUCUUGUACUUGCAAGGCAGGCUGGCACGGGGUGGACUGCUCCAUCAGAUGUCCCAGUGGCACAUGGGGCUUUGGCUGUAACUUAACAUGCCAGUGCCUCAAUGGGGGAGCCUGCAACACCCUGGACGGGACCUGCACGUGUGCACCUGGAUGGCGCGGGGAGAAAUGCGAACUUCCCUGCCAGGAUGGCACGUAUGGGCUGAACUGUGCUGAGCGCUGCGACUGCAGCCACGCAGAUGGCUGCCACCCUACCACGGGCCAUUGCCGCUGCCUCCCCGGAUGGUCAGGUGUCCACUGUGACAGCGUGUGUGCUGAGGGACGCUGGGGCCCCAACUGCUCCCUGCCCUGCUACUGUAAAAAUGGGGCUUCGUGCUCCCCCGAUGAUGGCAUCUGCGAGUGUGCACCAGGCUUCCGAGGCACCACUUGUCAGAGGAUCUGCUCCCCUGGUUUUUAUGGGCAUCGCUGCAGCCAGACAUGCCCACAGUGCGUUCACAGUAGCGGGCCCUGCCACCACAUCACCGGCCUGUGUGACUGCUUGCCUGGCUUCACAGGCGCCCUCUGCAAUGAAGUGUGUCCCAGUGGCAGAUUUGGGAAAAACUGUGCAGGAAUUUGUACCUGCACCAACAACGGAACCUGUAACCCCAUUGACAGAUCUUGUCAGUGUUACCCCGGUUGGAUCGGCAGUGACUGCUCUCAACCAUGUCCACCUGCCCACUGGGGCCCAAACUGCAUCCACACGUGCAACUGCCACAAUGGAGCUUUCUGCAGCGCCUACGAUGGGGAAUGUAAAUGCACUCCUGGCUGGACAGGGCUCUACUGCACUCAGAGAUGUCCUCUAGGGUUUUAUGGAAAAGAUUGUGCACUGAUAUGCCAAUGUCAAAACGGAGCUGACUGCGACCACAUCUCCGGGCAGUGUACUUGCCGCACUGGAUUCAUGGGACGGCACUGUGAGCAGAAGUGCCCUGCAGGAACAUAUGGCUAUGGCUGUCGCCAGAUAUGUGACUGUCUGAACAACUCCACCUGCGACCACAUCACCGGGACCUGUUACUGCAGCCCCGGAUGGAAGGGAGCGAGAUGUGAUCAAGCUGGUGUUAUCAUAGUUGGAAAUCUGAACAGCUUAAGCCGAACCAGUACUGCUCUCCCUGCUGAUUCCUACCAGAUCGGGGCCAUUGCGGGCAUCAUCAUUCUUGUCCUAGUUGUUCUCUUCCUACUGGCAUUGUUCAUUAUUUAUAGACACAAGCAGAAGGGAAAGGAAUCAAGCAUGCCAGCAGUUACCUACACCCCUGCUAUGAGGGUCAUUAAUGCAGAUUAUACCAUUUCAGGAACCCUUCCUCACAGCAAUGGUGGAAAUGCUAAUAGCCACUACUUCACCAAUCCAAGUUACCACACGCUCACCCAGUGUGCCACAUCCCCUCAUGUCAACAACAGGGACAGGAUGACCUCCACGAAGUCGAAAAACAAUCAACUGUUUGUGAAUCUUAAAAAUGUGAACCCUGGGAAGAGAGGCCCUGUCGGGGACUGCAUUGGGACAUUACCUGCUGACUGGAAACAUGGCAGCUACCUCAACGAGCUUGGUGCUUUUGGACUUGACAGAAGCUAUAUGGGAAAAUCCUUAAAAGACCUGGGAAAGAAUUCUGAAUAUAAUUCAAGUAACUGCUCCCUAAGCAGUUCUGAGAACCCAUAUGCCACUAUUAAAGACCCACCUGUACUUAUCCCUAAAAGCUCAGAGUGUGGUUAUGUGGAGAUGAAAUCGCCGGCACGAAGAGAUUCCCCAUAUGCAGAGAUCAAUAACUCAACUUCAGCCAACAAGAAUGUCUAUGAAGUUGAACCUACAGUGAGUGUUGUCCAAGGAGUGUUCAGCAAUAAUGGGCAUCUCUCCCAGGAUCCAUACGACCUACCAAAGAACAGUCACAUCCCUUGUCAUUAUGACUUGCUGCCAGUGCGAGACAGUUCAUCCUCCCCCAAGCAAGAGGACAGUGGCGGUAGCAGCAGCAACAGCAGCAGCAGCAGUGAAUGACACCAAAGGACCGCUUGGUAGCCGCUGGAACCCUUUCCAGAACUGCUGUUUGGUUCUUCUCCAUCCUCAAUUUUGCCACUUUCAUGUGAAUGUUAGUCAACUCGGUAGGCGAUUGUUGGACAUGAACCAGAAAGCUGAAAGCUGAGGCUGCAAUUGUUGGAUAUGAACCAGAAAGCUCAAAGCUGAGGCUGACACGGACUAUAGGUGCUUUUUGUUCAGGUGGAUUCGAAGGAGUUAGAGAUGUGAUUUGCCAUUGCUGUUAGUUUUAGAACUAUACCCAUGAAGCAUGACUUAUUGUAAGAUGUUGGCUGAAAGCAUGAACUUGCAGAACUCCCUCGGAGAUGCAGGUUACAGUGGACAUUGGCAUUGUUGCUUGAAAACUUAAAAUUUAAAUAUUUUCUUUCUCAUUUGCAUCAUACAGCUGUACCUAGGAUUGUACAGUUUACCGUAAAAUUUACUUCAUGAAAGUGGGAAUCACUGAACAUGUAGAAGAAAAGGAACAUAUUGUUAAGUCCUUAUUCUUAACUUUAUUCAACUGGACUCAGAAUUGUAGGGAUAAUAUGAAUGCAGGAGGAAACAUUCUGUCGGGUGGUAUAAAUGGAUAGACUUUGAAUAUACUCUAAAAGUGGACAGAAAAUUUAAAUGCGAAAAUCUUAGAUUUUGUUUAGAAUGAGAAAAUAUACAAUUAGAAUUAUUUUAGAAAUAGUAGGAAGUAUUGCAGAAGUCAAUACAGAAAUGUGCCAGGCAGAGGUGGUUUUCUCUGUUUGACCUUCAACCAACUUCAGAUCUAUGACAUUAUUCUGAUCACUGGCUCCAUCAUACAUAUUCACCACUUGAGAUUCAUAACAUAUCAAUAGUUAUUUCAUAAAUAUAGAAAUGAAAUAAUUUUAUUUUUGACAGACUGGAUGGAAUGAGUAUGUAAUGAUUGAUAAAGGUUGUAAAUUUUAAGUGCAAGAUGAUGCUUACGUUUUGUAAACCAUUAGUAAUACAUUCUGUAAUAUAGAAUUAGCGGAACAUUUUGAUUAAUCUUUCCCUAGAAGUGACUGAAAUAUUUUUGUGCAUAUUUGAGAAAGGGCACUUUCCUUUUAUUAAUUGUCAAUUUAGAGAAACUAUGCUUAAGCUGGUCUUUUGCAUUGCUAAUGUGACAUGUACCCAACUUUUCAUUAAUUUGUAUUUCCAUUUUUAAGUUGCAUAUUCUAUGUUUUGUAGUGUUUGGAUUGUUAAUGAAAAAUUAUUAUAUGUUCAUUUUUCCUUGUAUUAUUGCCGCUUAUCUUUUGCUUGAUAAAAAUGCAUUGUUCUUUUUUCUUUUGGAGGGACAAGAUGAAAAUAUAUAAUUUGAAUUGAUUAAAAUUGGUCGUUACUAAAAUAGUAUAGUAACCACAAGUGAUUGGCUUAUGAUUGAAAUAGAGAUGCUUUUUAAUAUUCCAAAAUAGAGUUCCUUUUGAUCUGUUGGUUCUGAGCCCUGGUUAAACCAGGGAGAAGGGGAGCAGAAAGGAAAUGUUGUUACUGAUGAGUACCACAGACUCAUCUUAAAAAAAACUCUCAUUAUGGUGAUCAUAGAAUUGACCAUCCAAACUGGGACACUCUUGAGAGUAAAUGGAGGGCAUUAUUAAUAAUUAUCUUGUAAUGAACUUAAAUCUGGACUGUUCCAGGCAAACCAGACUUAUCUUGCAAUAUAAGAAUGCUGACACGAUGCAAGAAAGCCAGUUUCCCUUUCGUUGAUCUACUUGACCAAGCAAAGGGGCUGAAAAACUUAAUAAGGAAACAACUUUAUAAGAGAAACAGUGGUCUUCAAUCUUUUAAAGACAUGAAAUCCUAUAUGGCAUUCUGUCUCAGUGAGUCAGUUAACAAAUAUGUGUGUGCAACCCUUCUGCUAGUAGUGCACAUAAGUGAUUGUCCCUGCCAGGUAUCGAGUUGGAAUAUCCAGUUAUUUCAUGUCACACAUCGGCACGUAUGAUGGUGGUUUGAUCAGAUGGAUAAUACAGCAGA